GGUAAAAUGAGUUUUAAGGAUUUGCCUUUAUUUAACUCAACUCACCAGGGUAGAAGAACAGAGAGGGAGAGGUUUGCCAGAUAAAAUAUGGUAUGGGGCAUACUUAUACUAAAAAAAAAAAAACAAAAAAACUAUUCGUUGUUUAUCUGAAAUUCAAAUUUAAUUGGGAGUCUUGUAAUUUUUAUUUGAUCAAUCUGGCAUCUCUAGAUAGUAUCCUAAGCAGAAGCCCUAGCUGGGAAGAAAGAGUAUAAGCAGCUGGUAUCCUCAUUGUCCUGGCUUCUAAAUCGCUGUGGUAGGUGCCUGCAUGGGGUGUCCAGAAAAAGGAGGUGAGGGAACCCUAAGAGCAGGAGAUUUGACUAAUGGGCCAGUGAAAGACAUCCCCUUAAGUUGUUUCAUAAUGAAGUCCAUGUAAUAAGUAGCUUUUUGAAGUUGUAUGAUUUUAUGUGUUUUAUUUCUUGAAGUAACAAAUUGUAACUUUUUCUUUCUGUUUUUCUGUAUUUAAUGACAUUUUAUGUUGGCAGCUGUCAGCUGCUCUAAGGAUAGCUUGUGUGAAUACUUAGCAUCAGGAAUGCCUUCUGACUUUUGAUAACUUGGUACCAAUGUGCUUCAUUAUCUUUGGGGUGCUUCAUUAUCUUUUAAUUUGAUUCUGGUUGGCCUAUUUGUAAACAGAGAUGAUGCAUUCUUGAUCAGCUUAUUAUUGACCAGCCAUUCAGUUAAUAUUUUUCUAAAGGGAUUGACGGUAUUCGAUUAGAGCAGGAGUAAAAAGUGUGGGGGGUGCGAGGAGGGGGGAAGAAAGCAGAUUUUCCACUGUGAACAGCAACUAGGAUUUGCAGCGUUAUUUGCUCUUCAAGAAUUUCAAAGAAAAAUUUCAAGUGGGUGAUUAUUUGAAAAUAAAUGUUUUAUGUAAAUGAAGCUGAACGUGGGUCACGAAGUAAAGCCAGGAACGUUGUUUUUUUUUUUUCUUGUAAAUCAGCAUAUGCAGUGGAGAGCCACAAGAAGGCCCCACCCGCUGCGAUUUUCCUAAAGCCAUGUAUUCCACCUUUGUCUAAGUAGCUUCAGGGAAUUCGACUUGCAGCUUGUUCAGAGAAAUUUAGGGUAGGGGUGGGAGAGUUGGAGAAUGCAGUUUCUUCUAAGCUGACCCUGGAAAUGCAGGGCUCUCUUUGGACAGGCCCAAGUGCUGAUUAGAUAUGGAUCUGCCGCUGGCUCCUUUAUUCAGCCAGUGAGGCCCUGUAUCCUGGGGGCCCUUGUGGCCAGAGACCCCUGGAAUUAGACCAGAGUUUGUGUCUGUGUGCCUCAUGGAUUCAUGUCACUUCUGGUUAAAUUAUACUAAAUUACCAAGAUUUUUUUUAGCCAUGAUGGUCACAUAUUCCUCAGGGUUUAUAUUCAUAGCAGAAAAAAAAAAAAAAGGUUACGAAUUAGCUAUUUUCUGAACAUGAAUAGAAUAACGGUUCAUUUGGAACAGACAACCAGGAACAGCCUCAGUCAUGUGUUGACUAUUGUUCUCUUCUUGGAGGGAGAAGAAAGAACUUAUGAAAGGAAGUAGCAAGAGAAGCAAUUAGAUGCUAAGUGUUAUGCCCUAUAAAAUUAUCCUCACAAAGUUCAACAAAUUUGCAUUGAGUGGCUAUGCCGGGCACAGGCACAUCCCUAGACAUUCAAAGAUGAGGAAGAUGUAGUUUUGCCUUUAUAGAGGCUCAAAGUCUAAUAAGGGAGACAGGCAUGUAAAUAGUUUAUCGAUGUACACAGAGAUAAGUGCUAAGAUAAAACCAAGUGCAAGGUGCAUUUGGAGGCACAAGGAAGGGAGAGAAAAAUGGGCGUUGGAGUGAGGAGAUAGUUUCAGGAAAAUCUUUCCAGAGGAAAAGUCAUUUGAACUGAGAACCCACACUGGGUAGUGAGAGUGUGGAAACUCGGCGUAUGUGCUUACUGCGCUGCUUGUGCAUUAGGACGAGUCACCUCACCCCUUUGGCCUUCACUUUCUUUCUCCGUAAGAUAAAGGGUCGUUGUACUCGAGAGAACUGCAAGUACCUUCACCCUCCUCCACACUUAAAAACGCAGCUGGAGAUUAAUGGACGGAACAAUCUAAUUCAACAGAAGACUGCCGCAGCCAUGUUCGCCCAGCAGAUGCAGCUUAUGCUCCAAAACGCUCAAAUGUCAUCACUUACUUCUUUUCCUAUGACACCAUCACUUGCAGCUAAUCCUGCCAUGGCUUUCAACCCUUACUUACCUCAUCCUGGGAUGGGCCUGGUUCCUGCCGAACUUCUACCAAACACGCCUUUUCUGAUUUCUGGAAACCCACCUCUCGCAUUGCCAGGAGCUCCUGUUCCAAAAGUGAUGCGUUCAGAUAAACUGGAGGUUUGCCGAGAAUUUCAGCGUGGAAAUUGUACCCGUGGGGAGAACGAUUGCCGCUAUGCUCACCCUACAGAUGUUUCCAUGAUUGAAGCAAGUGAUAAUACUGUGACAAUCUGCAUGGAUUACAUCAAAGGUCGAUGCUCCCGGGAGAAAUGCAAGUACUUUCAUCCUCCUGCACACUUGCAAGCCAAACUCAAGGCAGCUCAUCACCAGAUGAACCAUUCAGCUGCCCCUGCGAUGGCUCUACAGCCUGGUGCACUGCAACUGAUACCAAAGAGAUCGGCACUUGAAAAGACCAAUGGUGCCACCCCAGUCUUUAAUCCCAGUGUUUUCCACUGCCAACAGGCUCUGGCUAACCUACAGCUCCCACAGCCGGCAUUUAUCCCUGCAGGGCCAAUACUGUGCAUGGCACCCGCUUCAAGUAUUGUGCCCAUGAUGCACGGUGCUACACCUACCACUGUGUCUGCAGCAACAACACCUGCCACCAACGUUCCCUUCGCUGCAACAGCUACAGGCAAUCAGAUACCCCAAUUAUCAGUAGAUGAACUGAAUAGCAGCAUGUUUGUUUCACAGAUGUAGAAGUUACCAGUAGAACAUUGAAGUUCUGAACAGCAGAAUUAUGGAGUAUCGGAAUCUCUCCGUGAGAACCUCUGUAUGGCCUUUCUAUAUAUAUUCUCGUAUGUCCUCUUCUACCAACACAACAAUAAGUGUGGUGCAGUCCAUAUAUUAAGCAAAGCAAAGAUACUAGCCAACAGAUUCAGAUAAAAAAUAAAGCAUUAAAAAUCAAUGGAGAUGUUAAAAGAAAACACAAAUAGAAAACUAAUAACUACCAUUCAUCUUAUUUGAAUUAUCAAGUAGAACAUGACCAUAAAAUUGUGUAACUUGUUACAUUACUCUUUGUGAUUUUCCAGUAACCAUGCUAAGUGAAUUUCCACAGUGAACUGUUGGCUUUCUAUACAUUCUUGGUGGUUAAAUAUUUAUCUGUUUUUGAAGUGUUACCUUACUAUUUUGUUUACAUAAUAGUCUAUUGGGUUCAUUUAGAAUGUAACACAUAUAUUCAGUACUAUUUUUCCUGUUAUCGUAUUGUGUUGUGUUGUGUUAGGUUUUCACAUACUGUAGUGUUUUACUGUAUAUGUAUGGUGUUUGAUUUCAACUAAAACAUUAUUAGUGGGGAACAAAAGUAUAUGUGCUUGAGAAACAUGACAGUUUCAUGUUAAUAUGCUCUCUCUCUUUCUCUUUAGAAUAUUUCUGUAGGUUUCUUGGGGUAGACACUUAAAAGGCCUCACUUUUGAGUAUGCAGAAAACCUGUUCAUAAACAUGCAUGUGUAUAAUUUGUACCUGCAGAUCUGAUGUUGCAUAAUACAAUCAAAUUACUAGAUUUUUUUGUGAGAGAGAAAUAAUUGCCUGCACAAAGGAAGGAACUUCUUAAAACAUUACCCCCUAAUUCAGUCCUCUUAAAUAGUUUGGAAAACAAGAACUUACUUUUGAUUGAAUUCCUUGGCAUUUAAUUUCAAAUUAUGUAAAGUGCCCAUUACAUUUUUUUGUGGCUCAAGAAUCCUAUCUCCUAUGUUGAGUGUCUAAAACUGAGCCAUUUGUCAUCUUCAGCUGAGAAACUGGUAUUGGGGGCUUAAAGGUAUGCUAAUUACACAUUAUAAAUCAAACAGAGAGAUGGGGGUGUGGAGAUAGUUCAUACAUACUGGAGGAAAGUGUGUAAAACCAUUGCAAUGUAACCUUUUACACAAAUGCCAUUUUCCAAAUGCAAACGGCUCAUGCUCUCUAGACUAUUUUUGAAUAAUAAAUAAGAUGCAAUCUAGCAAAAGUCAGUCAGGGUUAAAGAGAAUUGGUUCCAAAUGAGGCAUUUCCUCCCCAAAUGGACAAUCUUCUCUGUUAAUCAUAGAGGGAGUCUGAGUACAGGUUUGGAGAAAUGGCAGGGACAGGGGACAGGAAGGGGCUUAAAAUUAUUCUUUGAUUUAUUCAAAAGAACUAGGAAAGAUAACUGCAGUUAUCUUUAGUUUCAGUUCAACUGAGUUUCCAGUUUUGUUGAACACUUCAGAGGAGAAACAAGCUCCCAUGAUAUAUGGCAAAUGUUUCCUGCUCAAACUUUAACAUCAGAGUCUCUCACAUGAUAACCAAGCCUCUCUUUUUAUUUGGAUUCAUUUGCCUUUAUAUGUGUUUGAAAAUUAUAAUAAAGAGGGGUUUGUUUUUGCACCCUUUGGAUGAAACAGAGUGGCUAUACUCCACGGAGUUGAGCUGAAUUCGCAUUACUAAUACUUAUGAAAUAAUUUUACAACCAAGUAAAAUAGUAAUUAAUUGACCUCCUCCACCCUAGUCAGUCAGGUAUUAACAUUGCUAUUAUACAAUGAUGGAAACAUAUAUUUUACAUCAACUUAGAUAGAUUUAAUAUUUUCUAGUAAAUACACCUUACCCUACUGGAAAGUAUAAAACCAUCAAAUUUGAUAUAUAUAUAUAUAUAUAUAUUAAAGGGUUGUUUUGCUCCUUUGUGAAAAUGACAAGCAAAGAGAAAAUCCGACUUAGGAUACCUUAAGCCGGCUAUUAGUGUUUGAAUCACAGAACAAUGGAGUUGGCAAAAACCUUUUCUCACUUGAUGAAACUGAGACCUAGGGUAUGUCACUUGCCCAAGGCCACCUAGCCAUUGUGGGACCCGAAAUAUCUACUGACUCCCAUUGUUCUUCCUUUUCACAUUGUUUGUGCUUAAGAACAUUUGAGACACUAUCCCAAAACAGGUUUGGCUCAGCAUAUAAGAGAGCAAAUUUAGCUCUCCGGUAGUUGAUAUACUAUUGAUCUUAAUUAUCAAUCUAAAUCCUGAUCAACAGUGAUAUCGAAACAGUCUUGCUUAUAUUGGGUCACUGUUGUCUGUUAAUAGUGUUGCCUAGAGUUAGAGAUCAAGAAUUGUCCUUUUACCUGUGGACUCUUUGAACCACUUAAUUUCUGUUUCCUGAAAUCUUAUUGCCAUAGAAGAAAGUAGACUAUGCCUUUUUGAAAUUCCUUGUGUAUGGAACUCAGUUUUGUAUUAUCUGUGCCAGAGCCUCUCCAGAAGGGCAGAUCUGAUUACUUAAAUCCAGGAAGGAUGCACUUGAGCUACUCUGGAUGUAUUCAUUAAAGGAGAGGAGACAGGAAUGUGUUUUUUUGUGCAAAAUGAACUUUUGUGUAGUUUGACAUUUUGAUGCAACGUACUAUCUUGUGUAACUUUUGGCAAAGAUGUACUUAGAAAAUAAACCUGGAGUACAGCUGUUUUCAUGUUGCUUUAAGCACUGGAAGACAUUAAUAAUGACUUAUUUUUUAGGAAGUGGUUCAGUGAGGGAUAUUCAGGGUAGUUGUAUUUUUGGUGCCACAAUUUUCUAUAUUGUUGGCAUUUUAAAAGUUGCUUUGUAAGUGAAUUUAAAGAAAGAAAGCUGAAAGCCCUAAAGUUUUGAUCAAAUUCAACAGUUUUGAGAAAAAUGCAAGUUUAAGAUAGCACUCAUUAACAUAGUUGUGCAAUGACUUAUUGAAAUUCUCUUUAUUGGAGAAAAGAAAAGAAGAUAAGUCAUGAGACUAUAAAUUUCAGUUUAAAAAGACAAGUCACAAAACUAAUCAGUGACUCUAAACAAAAAUUUACUGGAUGAACUGUAUAUAUAAAAUUCUAACCACUUGUGAUUCUUAGUUAACAUUUUAUAAGCUUUGUAUUUUACAAGGGCCUCUAUUUUCAUUUAUCCAAAAUCAUUACUUUUGUCCAUUUCUCUCAGCCUUUUGCAAAAAUAUGCAAGAGUGCUGAAACUUAGAUAAAACGGGUCAUGUAUACAGAGAAAAUAAUCUAAAAGCUAUCUCUUAAGAGGGUUUUAGUAGUGUCAAUUUUUCAACAAAAGAACUAUGUGACCAUAACAUAAGUAUAUUUUAAAGAGGGAGUAACAUUAAAUUAAUAUAAAUGGAUUCAUAAAAUUGCUAUUUAAAUGCAGUAUUUACUUUUGCAAUUGGAGCAUGAUUCCACAACCAGCUGUUGCAUUUCAUUUCACUUUUCGAGAUUAGAGUCUUUAAUUUGUAGUUAAUUGUGAUGUGGAAAACCAUCUUCUCCCUACUCCAUCAAUCUUCUCCAUCCGUUUUUGAACAUGCUAAAGCACUUUGAUCUUGCCAGAAGUGUUGUCCUAUACCACUAAGCUGUGUUCACUAAUGGAAGGCCUCAGCUCACCUGCUCUCCAAUUUGGGAAAAAGGAAAGCAAGUAGCUCCUCCUUGCCAUAAGCAGGAACCAAAUGAAAUUAAUCUUUACAACUUGAAUUCAUUUUAAAUGGCAUAGUGGUAUCUGGAUAAGGACCAACAUUUACAUUCCAUUUUAUUAAAUAAGAGAGAAGGCUCAUGUGCUACUUGAGAUGUUAGUUGGCUCUUUUCCCCCCUCUUUGGAGAGUGUAGAUGAGGAUGUUCUUAGGUAAAAUACAGUGACAAGUUUUCUGGGUUCUUUUAGCCUCUAGGGAAGGCUGUGACACACUAAAUGAUUAGAAACUGGAGUCCUCGUUCUUUUUCUCCCUCAUACAUUUCACACACAUUUAAAUAGAAAUAGAUAAAAUUUAUGAGGGAAAUCUAAUUUCCCAAUUCUGAUGAAUAGAUUUAGUAAGAUAGUGGCCUAAUUGUACCAGUGCCUGUCAAAGGCAAUAUAAUAAACAACAUGUAAAGAGAGUAUAACAACUUUUUUGCAAAUUUAGUUGGUAGCCUAAUUAAACUGUAAAUAUAGUUACAAAUAUAGGUUCUGAGCACCAACUCGCUAAUUGGUGCACAUUUUCAUUUUACUUAUUGUUAGUUUUUAAGAUUUUUAUUUUAUUACUUUUAUAUCUCUAAGUAACUAAUGGAUUUAAUUUUGAAGGAGAGUUAGAGAAAGUUUAAGUUUUUACUACAUGUAUUCAGCACACCUCUAGAUAGGUUCUAAACUGACACUGAAGCAUGGCAAGAUAAAGAUUAUAGUCCAAAACUAUUCUUUACAGUUCACAGUUUAAGAACAAAUUUACGUUUAUAUACAAAUAAUAAUUGUUAACUAAUGAUAUUUAGUCGUUGCUUUGGCAACAAAACUACAACAUGGCUACCUUUAGACUUUCUUAAUGUGAAAAUUUUACUUGUAAACUUUACUUGGUUUGUGACAGUAUGAUCAUAUAGAAGAUACAGCUCAAAACUCAAAACAUAUAUGGUUGAAUUUUUUUUAAUAUGAAAGUCCCAUAUAUGAAAGCUGAAUUUGUAUCCUUUUGUGACUUUUUGGUCUAAAAGUUUACAACACAUGGAUUCCAGAAUCAGGCUUUAUUUGUUUAUAGAAUUUGUCGUGUGGAUAGGGUUAUUCCACAGUAUUUAGACUUCAAAACACAGUCAUUCCAUUUAUAUUACCUGAUCUUUUUUCAUAACUUUAUUCAAAAUUACCCUAUUCAAGCGGCUUAGCUGUAGCUACAAAAAUUCUGUUUCUGGAAUUACAUACAUAAAUAUAUCUACAUGAGGAUUAAAGCAUGGCUAAAGCAUAGUUUGAAAUUAAUUCAUAUUUGUAAAACCAUAGUAAAAGUACUGUGGAAUGACCCCUUAACAGUGUUUAAGAGACAUAUGCUGCAGUUAACUGAUCGCCUCAGUUAGGGUGCGAAUGUGUGAGACACACCUUUUUUGCACUUAUGUACAUAGUCCAUGAGAGCAAUCCUUGGAGCUUUUUUUUAAAUGUAAGAAGUCUGUGAUAAUAGUGGAAAAGUUAGUAAGAGAGAGUUAUUUCUAAGACUUUGAGAAGGAGGGUGUUUUUGCUAUAAGGCUUACCUAAAGCAUGAUGUUGCUUUGCUGUUGUGGAGGCUUUCUAGUUUGCUACAGCUCACCAAACAAGAAGACUAGUAACAGGUAACAGGUCAACUUCAGCUAACAGCACUGAACAAGAGUGUGAAGUACUUAGUCUUUUAGCAAGACCACUAGCAAAGAUUGUUUGCUUUUUAAAUCAACCCUAAACAUGUGUGUGUGCAUGCAUACACACACACACACACACACACACACACACACAAACACCAGGCAGGUUUCUGGCAGAGGUUUUCUUUUCAAUGGUUGCAAGCAGUGAAAUAUCCUGUAAAUUACAAGAUAAAUACUCUCAGUAUGAUUGAAUCAGAUUUCAUGUUUCCCAAAAAAUUAUCAACUGCUAUAUACAUUAGUUGACAUGUAUAUCAAUUAAUAUGUAUUUAAGUGACAACCAAAUUGUUAACAUUGAUCACUAUUCAUCCUUCAAGAUCCAGUAACCAAAGCCAAAUUAGCAACCAUUGAAAGAUUUCAUUUAACAGUUAAGUGUGGCCAGCAUAAGUCAAUUCCUUCCCUUUAACAAAGGAAAAAAAUGCUCCUGGCACAACUUUAUGAAUGGCUUUAUUUACAUUAUACCUGUUCAGUGGAAGCUGUUUUUUGACCUACCUUUACCAGAUUACAAAGUACUUCACUGUGCCACUUCAGCCUCCCACUGUUUUGUUUUAACUAAACAGAAGAGAACCAGCCAAAAUUUUACAUAACAUAGGAGCUGGAAGAGAAUGUUUCAAUGGACCAUCUCUGCCAAUUUUAGCUCCCUUACCACCUACAGAUAGCCAUUUAACUUUCUUGUUGCCCCAGGCAAUAGGCCUAGAAAAGGUGGCUUAGAAAGGUUAAGUAUCUGAUCACCAGCAGGUACUUUGAGUCCUUCACAUUUUGGGGCAUGUAGUUCUUGCCUUAGAGAAGGAGCCCAACCUGGGGUUGGGAAAGCUGGUACUGGCAUUGCUACCCAUUUUGAUAGCUCUCACUUACGGAGAAAGAAAAAUAAGCCAAAGCCAGAAAGCAAUCUAAGCCUUACAGUUGUCCAAUAGCUCAGGGCCAUUUGGCUAGAUUUUUUUUUCGCCUCAGCCCAUAAUUGCUUAGAGUCAGCCAUACAACAAACAGCCUGACAAUCUGACCAACAUUUCCAUUGAUACGGAAUGUAAGAAUUCAUUCAUUCUGUAGUUAGGAACUCCAACUUCAGCCUUACCACCAAUGUAAUUUCCCAAUUUAACCCAUGUUCUUGUUUUGACAUUUCCUUGUGAAUCUAUAAGUCACCAGGAAUAUAUUUUCAUAAA